GAAACAGAACAAGAACACCCUGCUAGAAAGCAGCCAGCGUGUCACCACCGCCCUGCUGGCCCGAUCAGAGAUCAGCGUGGGUGACCGCCAGCUGCCGCCCUCUGCCGCCACCAUGAACAAUUGCUGCUUCCAGCAGCUGGACGAGGGCUAUGAUGAGGAAUACGGUGGCUUCGCUGAGGCCCCCAAGUUUCCCACGCCGGUGAUCCUGAGCUUUCUGUUCUCCUACUGGCUCAGCCAUCGACUGACUCAGGAUGGCUCUCGGGCCCAGCAGAUGGCCUUGCAUACCCUGAAAAUGAUGGCUAACGGGGGCAUCCGGGACCAUGUGGGGCAGGGCUUUCACCACUACUCCACAGACUGCCAGUGGCACGUCCCUCACUUUGAGAAGAUGCUCUAUGACCAGGCACAGCUCGCUGUGGCCUAUUCGCAGGCCUUCCAGAUCUCUGGUGAUGAAUUCUACUCUGACGUGGCCAAAGGCAUCCUGCAGUACGUGGCUCGGAGCCUGAGCCACCGGUCCGGAGGCUUCUAUAGCGCAGAAGAUGCAGACUCGCCCCCAGAGCGGGGCAUGUAGCCCAAAGAGGGCGCCUACUAUGUGUGGACGGUCAAAGAGUUUCAGCAGCUCCUCCCGGAGCCUGUGCUAGGUGCCACCGAGCCGCUGACCUCAGGCCAGCUCCUAAUGAAGCACUACGGCCUCACAGAGGCUGGUAACAUCAGCCCCAGUCAGGACCCCAAGGGGGAGCUGCGGGGUCAGAAUGUACUGACCGUCCGGUACUCGCUGGAGCUGACUGCUGCCCGCUUUGGCUUGGAUGUGGAGGCCGUGAGGACCUUGCUCAAUACAGGGCUGGAGAAGCUCUUCCAGGCCCGGAAGCAUUGGCCCAAGCCGUACCUGGACAACAAGAUGCUGGCUGCCUGGAAUGGUGGGGCAGCACAUCUGAGACCGAGCCUGUCUGGGGGGACUGUGGAGCACAGCAACCCACCCUGCUGGGGCUUCCUGGAGGACUACGCCUUCGUGGUGCGGGGCCUGCUGGACCUGUAUGAGGCCUCACAGGAGAGUGCGUGGCUCGAGUGGGCUCUGCGGCUGCAGGACACACAGGACAAGCUCUUUUGGGACUCCCAGGGUGGCGGCUACUUCUGCAGUGAGGCUGAGCUGGGGGCUGGCCUGCCCCUGCGUCUGAAGGACGACCAGGAUGGCGCAGAGCCCAGCGCCAAUUCUGUGUCAGCCCACAACCUGCUCCGGCUCCAUGGCUUCACGGGCCACAAGGACUGGAUGGACAAGUGUGUGUGCCUAUUGACCGCCUUCUCCGAGCGCAUGCGCCGUGUCCCGGUGGCAUUGCCCGAGAUGGUCCGCGCCCUCUCAGCCCAGCAGCAGACCCUCAAGCAGAUCGUGAUCUGUGGAGACCGCCAGGCCAAGGACACCAAGGCUCUGGUGCGGUGCGUCCACUCUGUCUACAUUCCUAACAAGGUGCUGAUUCUGGCUGAUGGGGACCCCUCGAGCUUCCUGUCCCGCCAGCUGCCUUUCCUGAGUACCCUCCGACGGUUGGAAGACCAGGCCACUGCAUAUGUGUGUGAGAAUCAAGCCUGCUCAAUGCCCAUCACUGAUCCCUGCGAAUUACGAAAACUGCUACAUCCAUGACUGCCCCAACCCCCUUGGGCUGGGGCAGAAGGUGAAGCAUCCCAACCUACUAGAGACUCAGGCCCUGCAGGGCCCUAUAGAACCUGUGGCCAUCCCUGAGCACCCCGCCACCAGGUGACCUCGGCCAUACUCACUGCCCCCCUUGGGCACCCACUCACCCUAGAAUAAACUUAACAGUGUCCCGUGGUAA